UAUGAGUCGCCACUAUAUCGAUCGAAGAAACGAAACAAUAAUACGCAUCAACGACGAAUACGUACUUUCUCCCAAUUUUUCUUACUUUCUUUCGCAAGUAUAUAUAGUUAUUUCAUCCUAAGUACAGAAAGUGCAACAGAGUGCAACGGACGUGAAGAAAUCUUACAUGUUCGUGGAACGGAAAAAUAAGACGAAACGUCAAAAUCUUUUGGGGUGUGCUCGUGCUGAGAUUUAUAUAACACUUUUGUCAUGUUAAAAACAUAUCGAUAAAGAGUUAAGGGGAUGUCCUGCAACACUUGUCAAACCAAAUUUUCGUUCUUCAAAAAAAACAUCGGCUGUCCAAGCUGUGGCUUUUCUUAUUGCAGUAAGUGCCUCAAGUAUAAAUGUGAUGUUUCCAAUCUAGGAGUGAAAAAGGUUUGUGGACGUUGUUACAGUAAAUUAAACAACAUGAAGAAAUCAAGUCCCGAAGCCACCACGAGUGAUAUCUCACUACCUAACACGGAUAAACCUCUCGCGCCAAUUGACAUCACUAUGAAAUUGGAUUCAUUAGAGAAUCCAGUUAGGCCUCCAGUAGUGAUAUAUAAGCAUACAAAUCGCUGGGACCAAUUUAAGAAGGGACUAGAACCAGCUGAUCAAGAAAUCGUCGAUAGAUUGCAGAAACUGAAAAAUAAGGAGCAAAACAUUCCAUCGCCUAGCGUCGACGAAAUAAGAAGAAGAUUGGCGCUAUUGAAAGAUCAAGAUCCAGAGGCCAAUGGGAAUAGUAAUGUCAUAAAUAUACAUCAAGUAGACACCAGAACUGACCAGGAGAAGACGGAUGACUUGAUUCAAGAGUAUCUGGCGCAACUGGAGUUAUCCUCGACCAGUGACUCUUGCAAGGAGAUCCAAGAGAAAUUGAAUUCUUUGCGGGAUGAGGAUGAUAAAACAGGUGCUAAUCAAAGCGAGAGGGAGGAGAUCGAUGAUGACGAGGAAACUGUAACGAAGAAGUUAAUCAACAAAGCUUUGGCUGAAGCGAUGUUAGAAGCGAAGUAUGAGAAAGAGGAGUUGGAAGACGUAGAGCCGAUGGAUUCCGAGAUCCAGCACGGGAGCGAAGACGGGGACGAGAAGCCUACAUGUGUGAUGUGCGAGCAGACUAAGGAUCUCGUGCAGUGCAUGGGUUGUGCUGGCGAUCUGUACUGUCCCGUCUGCUUCGAGGAUAACCACGAUGAGUUCGAAAUGGAGAAGCACAAGGCGACUCGCUAUCGGCCGACGGAGAUAAGCCUCGACGAUUAAGACGCUGAUCAACAGCA